CACACCUGGAGCGGGUCUGCACUGGGCGCGCUCGGACUCCUCGGCAGCAUGGGGAACCUGAUCAGAGUACUGACCCGGGACCUGGACAGCAGCGGAUGUAACUUCUUCCUGGACUUUGAGAAUGCACAGCCGUCUGAGGCCGAGAGAGCCACGUGGGAGCAGGUGAAGCAGGUGCUGGAGGAAGGCCAGGAGGUUCUGGAGGAGCUGCAGAUGUACAAAGGAGCAGGAGAGGAGAUCCGGCAGGCCAUCCAAAGACCCACUGUGGAGAAGCUGCAGCAGAGGGCCUGGGCUGCUGUCCUGCCGCUGGUCACUAAACUCCACAACUUCUAUGAAUUCUCCCAGAAACUUGAGUCCAGCCUGCGCCUCCUGCUGAAUGUCCUGGCGUGUGCAGAGGUCCCGCCCACUCAGCAGCUGGAGCAGAAGCAGGCCCUGGCCCAACAGUUCGCCCACAUCCUGCACUUCACCCUGCGCUUCGACGAGCUCAAGAUGACCACCCCGGCCAUUCAGAAUGACUUCAGUUAUUACCGACGGACCAUCAGCCGAAGGAAGAUCAACAAACUAACAGAAGACUCCCAGAACGAGGUGAACAAUGAGCUGGCCAAUAAGAUGUCUUUGUUUUACGCCUGUUCCACGCCCAUGUUGAAGACUCUGAGCGAUGCCACCAACAGGUUUGUCUCAGAGAACCCCGAUGUUCCUCUGGAAAACACCACAGACUGCCUCAGCACUAUGGCCAGCGUCUGCAAAGUCAUGCUGGAGACGCCAGAGUACCGCAGUCGUUUCAGCUCGGAGGAGACGGUGCUGUUCUGUCUGCGUGUGAUGGUGGGAGUGAUCAUCCUGUUUGACCACGUGCACCCACACGGAGCCUUCGUCAAGACCUCCAACAUCGAUAUAAAAGGCUGCAUCAGACUUCUGAAGGAGCAGUCGCCGAACAGCGUGGAGGGACUGCUCAAUGCGCUCAGGUACACGACCAAACACUUAAACGACGAGACCACGCCCAAACAGAUCAAGAACAUGCUGCAGCCGAACUAGAAACAUUUUACAGAGAUGCUUUUUUUUUUUAAUUUCCGUGUAUUCUUACGUGUGGAGGUCCUCUGGGGAGCGGGCCAAAGGCUGAGGGGCUGGUCCCUUCACCGCAGGAGGUACUUUCUGGGUACACUGCUGCCGUGGUCCUCACUGUCCUCGCUCAGAAACCUGUCAGCAAAACAGAGCAAGUUUGUUCUUCGUCCUCAAGCAGUGACACCAUCAACACUUUGAAGACGUUAAAGGUGCACAAUGUAACUUUUUGGUCAUUUCUCUAUCUGAAAUAUUCCACAGUACGACAUUAAACAGCUCUAACUUACAUUUAUUAAAUUACAGAUGACGUUAUAACUCAAAAAUACCAAGAAAAGCAGGCCUUACGUAGAUACAAAGGUUUAAUCCCAUACUGUGAAACAUUCCAGACAAAGCAAUAACAUUUCUACGGAGAAAAGCAUUUGAUGGACACUCUACCAGAAAAGUUACACAAUGCACCUUUAAUAACAUUUAACGAUAAAUUAGUACAGCAUCUCAUGUUUUAGAACUUCAAUAAAAUAGAACCAGACUAUCUUUGGUGCUCCACAUGUAGGAGUCUGGUGUAGGGCUUCAUCUGCUCAUCAUGUGGGAAAAAAAACAAAAAAACAACUCUAUUUAAUUAAGGAACAUACCACAAAAUAUUUACAUAAGCAUGCGGUCAUGAAUGUGAUUGGACGGCAGAAAUGCGUAAAUGUACGGAUGUCGAGAGGGGUCACAACAAAUGCAAA